CAAGUAUGAAGCUGAAACUCUAAGCGUAGCUCCGUCGGAAGAUGACAAUGAAGAUGAUAACAAAAUGUUGUAACAAGAUUUAGUACACUGUCAUCUAUGGUAAAUAAAUGAGUGGCUGCAUAAGACACAAUUGUAUGAUGACAGCUUUGCUUCAUCCCAGUCAUGAGAAACCAUUAUGGAGAAGUGCUUUGGGUUACUAUCAUGUGCACCAUGCGAGACUGAUGACGUUAUUGUUACACCCAGCAGAGUCUCCCAGAGAAAUAGAUUAGUGUAGGAUAGAAAGCUUCUGAUUGCAUGAUAUGGCGUUGUUGUUGCCUUUCUCAUCGCAAAACUUUUUGCCCAUUGCUUCUUUCCGUUCUGACUUCCUUCCUUGGAAUCCUCACUUAUUUGAAGUCAGCAGAAAUCAUAAAAACAUCAGUAAAACCAAAAACAUCUCUUUUCCAAUUUCUUGCUCAUCUGUUAAAACUGUCCGUAGUCCUUCACUAGACAGGCAUAUUGUGAAACAGAACAAGAUUCGGUUUGUCCUAAAACUACAAACACUGCUCCUUUCCAAACCAAAAUGCUAUAUUCCACUUCAGAUUCUUAAUAAAUGUCGAUCCUACCUUUCCCUACCAAAGCCCCGGUCCAUCCUUUCGAUGAUCCAUCGUUACCCUACCAUUUUUGAAGUCUUCUCAAUUCCUACAGCACCUAUGCCAUUCAAUGCAUCUAAGUCAUUAUCACAACUCUGUGUCCGUCUAACCCCAGCUGCGGCUGCCCUUGCUGCUGAGGAAUCAAGUCUAAGAUCAGCCAUCUCUGAUUCCUUGGCUACCAAACUCCAGAAACUUCUUAUGCUUUCUUCUCAUCAUCGGCUAGUUCUGUCAAAGUUGGUUCACCUUGGUCCUGAUCUUGGUCUUCACCCUAACUUUCGGUCUCGUCUCUGCAAUGACCAUCCAGAAAAAUUCAAGACUAUAGAUACCUCUUAUGGUCGUGCACUUGAGCUUGUAUCCUGGGACCAAGACUUGGCAAAACCUUUGCCGUCUCUUCAAAUUCAAUCGCUUGGGCUGAUAGUAGACAGGCCUUUAAAGUUCAAACAUUUGAAUCUUCGGAAGGGGCUGAAUCUAAAGAGGCGACACCAAGACUUUUUGAUCAGAUUUAGAGAAAUUCCAGAUGUGUGCCCUUACAGUACCGCUGCCUUGGAAAUGCCAAAAGAGUCAAUUGAGGCAGAGAAAAGAGCUUGUUUGGUGGUGAGAGAAAUAUUAGGCAUGAUGGUUGAAAAGAGAACAUUAGUAGACCACCUGACACAUUUUAGAAAAGAGUUUGGUCUGCCCAACAAGUUGAGAGGGAUGAUUGUGAGGCACCCUGAGUUAUUCUAUGUGAGCUUGAAAGGGCAGAGGGAUUCUGUCCUCUUGGUGGAGGGCUAUGAUGAGAAUGGUUCCCUUUUAGACAAGAAGAAAGAAACUUUGGUGAUAAAGGAAAAGUUGAUGGAGUUGGUCAGGGAAAGCAAGAGGUUGAGAAGAGGGUGGAGGAAAGCUCACCGUAAUAACACUAGGAUUGAUGUCUGUAAUGGUGAUAACAGUGACGAUGAUGAUGAUGAUGAUGAUUAUGAUGAUGGCUUCCAGGAGUUGUUCAAGUCUGACGAUCUGGAUUUGGAUGACCUUGGUGGUGAGAAGAUUGAGACAUUAAACUACAGGGAGAAUGGUCAUUUUUGGACUGCAGAUGAUCUUAAAGGCAGAGAUGGGCAACUCUUGGAUCCUUGGUAG